AUGCCAAGACUGAACCACGAAACGCACAAAGCGGGCAUCGACUGGGUUAACCAGCAGGUUUUGGGAAACUUGCCACGCAACUACGCAAACUUGGAUGUUGCCAGAGCUGAGUAUGUCAGCCCGUUAGAGCACUCCAAGGCGAAGGGCCGUUCUUUAGCCGGUAUAAUCGAGGCGCCCUGCACGGUGAAGUGGUCCAACUCUUACCAAAUCAAGCCCGCGGAGGAGGGAGGAAGGUGUCUGUACUUCGUUGCGGCGUCGUCAGGCGACAUUUUUGUGGUGUUCUCCGCCAUUCCGAGGGAUAAAACCACCUGGUACCAUCUCCAGAUCAGUUACCAGGGUGUUACGCUCUACAAGGGAAUGAAGCUGGUGAAAUACGAAGGAGCGAAGAGUGCCAGAAGUCUCGGUGACUCCAAACUGUUCCAGCCGUACUUCAUUUGCCUGGAGGAGGACCAUGAAAACCAGCGAACCUACAUCAAGUAUGGCAUCGGCUCUGACACUUCCGAGAAAGGACUAGUCUACAUGGUCUACAAUGAUGUGGGUCCACCAUUAGGCAUUCGUUUUUACUCCUUUGGCAGUGGAGAAGUGGACGUAGAGAUCAUGGACGCCCGAAUCAUCGAGGGAGGCGCACAGGGAGAAAUGGAAUGUACGGGAGGGACAGUCCUGAAGGAUGGGCAGUGCGUGGAAGACUGUCACCCAGAGUGUGACGGAUGUAUCCCCAUAUCCCCUGGAUCGAAGCUCGACACGGAAUGCCGCAGCUGUAAGCACUUUUCUUUUGACAAGGGCGGUGGAGUUAUCCAGUGCGUCGCAGAAUGCCCAGCCGGUACCGAACCAGCUCCCGAUGGCAAGACGUGCGUAUGUAAGGGCUUUGUCUUCAACAACGAUGACGGAAGUUCCCGAUGCGUCUCGGCAUGCGGAACCGGUUUCGGACCGGCCUCCGAUGGCAAGACUUGCGUUGUGGCUAGUAAGUGGAGAAAUGACGGAAAGUGUGGAAGGAAUAAUCCAGCCCCAGGAGCGAACCCCGGAUGGUGUAGCCCGAAGUCAGAUAAGCCCUGUUGUUCAGAGUACGGAUGGUGCGGGAACACUCACUGCACUUGCAGUGAAUGUGUUGACUAUCGCAAAGUGGCCAAUAUCGCGCGGCUGAAGCCAGCUUACCAAAGCAGCACUGGUGGGUCAGCUUCUGCCGGCCGUGCCGUAGAUGGCGACACCAACAGCAUCUGGACCGGUAAUUCCUGCACCCACACUGAUGAAGAAGACAACCCCACCUGGUAUGUGGAUCUUGGUGAAUCGUCCAAGGUUGCAAGUGUUGCCAUCUACAACCGCAUGGACUGUUGUGGAUUUCGUCUCAACCCCUUCAACAUCCACAUCGGGAAUUCCCCCAAGGUCGCCGACAAUCCCAAGUGUGGAAGGGAUCAUCGCGCGACUGAGCAACCCUUUACCGUCUCAUGUCCGGGAAUGCGGGGACGCUAUGUGGGCAUCCGUCUUCCCGGAGCCUCCCGUGCACUGACCCUGUGUGAAGUCCAAGUAUAUGAAGACUAGAGGCCACUGCGGAGGCAAGCCCAGUCACGGACCUAUACCCUGUUGUGCCAGCGGCGGUUGGUGAACAACACGGCGGGUCCCUUCAUCUGCUGAAAGGACUACAGAAAGUCAUAAAUCAUCGAAUUUUUCUCAUGAAAUUGUCAUCAUUUAUGUAUAUCAAGCAAUAACCCUUGUG